ACGAAGUUAAGCGCGAAAACAGGCGUAUAGCGGAUGCCGUCGUGGGACAUUAGCAAUGGUCUAUAAUGGAUUUUUAAAUUUGGACAACAUCUGUCCUACUGGCUAGAUAGACCAUGCCAUCAACGCGAGCCUUUUUGUCAGCAUCUGGUUCUAACCUGGCAGCUCGUCACGUGACAGCAUUAGGAUAAAACGAAACUGACCUUGAAGUUCUGAAGUAUUAUUUGCAUCGUGUCGGUCAGAGAAGAUAGUUGGUCAAUCUGAAAUAAUAAAAAAGAGAAAAACCGAAAGAAGCCUUCAAGCGUGAAGAGGAAACAUAGUUUGUGGGGUUAAGAUGGAGUCGGCAUAUUUUGUGCAAGGCUUCUCUCAACAGGAAAUAGACAACGCACUGUACGGUUACAUUCGUGGGUUUACUGGAAACUCCUCCACAGCACAUGCUUUAUCAGAUAUUGACUUUAAACAAGGACCCAGCGGUGUUCAUGAAAAAGAAAGUCGAAGUUCCAGCCUGCAAGGGACUAACCGGAAUUGGCUGCCAUGGCUUCAUCAGGUUCCAGUGUGCCAUACGUUUCCUUCGUUGAUAGAACAACAACCUGUAGAUGACUUUACAGAGCCUCAUCAGAACAUCCUACCAGAAGGACUAACAAUUGUUACCACAUCGCUUCCAGGAGCAGAUGUAAAAGGCGUGUUUAGUGUCCAGAACAUCAUAACAAAGGGUACACGGUAUGGUCCGUACACUGGUCAAACAAUCCAUCCUGAUGAAUGCUCACUGCCUAACAGCAAUGCACUAUGGGAGAUUUUCCAAGACGGAGAAUUGAUCCACUACAUUGAUGGUAACAAAGACACCAAUAACUGGAUGAAGUUUGUGAAGUGUGCAAGGCAUGAAGGGGAACAAAACCUCAUUCUAGUGCAGGAAGGAAGCGAUCUCUACUAUGAAGUGUCAAAAGAUAUUUAUGAAGGAAGCGAGCUGUUGGUUUGGUAUGGCGAUAGAUAUCUCAAAUACAUGGGUAUUCCUAUAACUAUGAAAACUAGGAUUACGACAAUGGAUUCCGAAAACGUCAAUAGUCUUGAUGGAAACAGCUUUGUAUGUGAUCGGUGUGGUAAAGUAUUCGCUUACAAGUACUAUCGCGACAAGCAUCUCAAAUACACGCGCUGUGUUGAUCAAGGUGACCGAAAGUUUCCCUGCCACCUAUGCAACCGCUCUUUUGAAAAACGUGACCGUCUUCGUAUCCACAUCCUUCACGUUCAUGAAAAGCAUCGUCCACACGAGUGCAAAGAAUGCGGUAAGAAAUUCUCCCAGUCUUCCAGUUUGAAUAAACAUCUAAGGGUUCACAGUGGAGAGAGGCCGUACAAGUGUCCAUUCUGCAGUAAAGCAUUUACAGCAUCCUCUAUCUUGAGAACUCACAUACGCCAGCAUAGCGGUGAAAAGCCAUUCAAAUGCCGCCAUUGUGGAAAAGCGUUUGCUUCGCACGCGGCUCAUGACAGUCACGUGCGAAGGACACAUACCAAAGAAAAGCCAUGCUUAUGCGAAUAUUGUGGGAAAGCUUUUGCCCAGUCAUACGAACUGAAGUUUCAUAUGAAUAUGCAUACUGGAGAAAAACCCUACACUUGUGAUCGAUGUGGACGAGGGUUCUCUAGUCCGUCAUCAAGAGAUAGACAUCGGGCAAAUUUUGAUUGUAUCACGAAGAAAAACCGUGCUCCAAAAAUCAUGCGAAAAGAAAAUGGCGUCAACCUGGAAAACGAGUUCGACGAUGAGGGACGAACAUGUGACAUGAAUAAUGGCCACGAAAGAAAUAUGAUCGUCACUUAAUUUAGUUAUUUGAAUCAAUAGUGAAAAGUAUUCUGAUGGAAUUUCGUAUUAAACAAAAGUAAAUUAAGAAAAUUGAUGGUCAACGAAUGUAUAGUUUUUUAAAAUAUUAUUUAAAAUAUUUAACUUUAAAUCACUUUAACAUCAAGUAGUUUUCAUGAACAUUAAUUAUAACCUAAUAAAUCAACAACAACAAGUCAGGGAUAUUGCCGAGUAUCAAAUAAAGUCAUCAAAAACGUCAGUGGCCACACUAUCAAAAUGUUCUUGUUUAAUGGAUAGUGUUGCAUAUCCAAAUUAAAUUUAUACUUCAAUUGGCAUAGUUUAAGGACUACAAAUGUUUAA